AAAAACCCAGCUUCAACGGCGUAAACUUCACCUAACCCAUUCGGCUUCUUCCUCUGCUCCAACUGAAGCAUCUCACAACAAAAAGAGAAUGACUCUGAAUCUCUCUUCGAGGGCACUCUCUAAGGCAUCAACACACCCAGUUCUCAGAACCUUCAAUCCCAUUACCCCUUUGAAGGACCAUGAUCCUCGCAUUGCUCACCACAUGUUCGACCAAAGUCCUCUUAGAGAUAUCAAAGAGUAUAAUCAAAUGCUCUUCUAUUACUCUCGCAAUGACCAACCCCGAGAAGCCCUCAAGUUAUUUGUGUCGCUUUGCCGCUCUGGUAUACCCCCUGAUGAGUCCACCAUGUCCUGCUUUUUGAAAGUUUCUGCUGGUUUGUUUGAUGAUGGGUUUGUGGGUAGGCAAGUGCAUUGUCAGUGUGUCAAGUAUGGACUAGUUCAGCAGCAUGUUGGUGUAGGAACCUCUCUUGUGGAUAUGUAUAUGAAAACUGGGGCGGUUAGAGAUGGAAGGAAAGUUUUUGAUGAAAUGGGGGAGAGAAAUGUGGUGACUUGGACUUCCUUGCUUGGGGGGUAUUCGUGGAACGGGAUUAAUGAUCAUGUGUGGGAGUUGUUCUGUGGGAUGCAAGCUCACGGUUACUUGCCUAACCCGUAUACUGUUUCGACUGUUAUUACUGCUUUGGCCAAUGAGGGUGUGGUUGCUGCAGGAAUGCAGAUUCAUACCUUUGUUGUAAAGCAUGGUUUCGAGGCAGUGACAACCGUGUGCAAUUCUUUGAUUAAUAUGUAUUCGCGGUGUGGGAUGCUAGGAGAUGCUAGAGCUUUUUUUGAUAGUAUGGAGAGCAAGGAUUCGGUUUCUUGGAAUAGCAUGAUUGCAGGACAUGUAGCGAACGGACAGGAUUGGAAAGCUGUUGAAACAUUUAAUGACAUGCUAGUUGCAGCGGUCAACCCUACGUACGCGACAUUGGGUACUGUUAUUAAGUCAUGCACCCGUCUUAAAGAAUUGAGGUUAGUGAGACUGCUUCACGGUAGGGCUUUGAAGAGUGGGUUUUUCACACACCCUAAUGUCCAUACUGCACUCAUGGUGGCAUUGAUCAAGUGCAAGGAAAUGGACGGUGCCUUUCGUCUAUUCUCCUUGAUGCCCGAGGGUCAAAGCGUGGUGUCAUGGACUGCCAUGAUCAGUGGAUACGUGCAGAAUGGUGACAUUGAUCAGGCUAUGAACUUGUUUUCCCAAAUGAGGAGGGGAUAUGUGAAACCAAACCAUUUCACAUACUCUACGAUUCUAACUGUUCAAAAUGCUGUUUUCAUUUCUGAAAUACAUGCGGAAGUUAUCAAAACUAAUUAUGAGAAAUCAUCUUCAGUAGGAACUGCACUUUUAGAUGCUUAUGUUAAGUUAAGAAAUAUGAAUGAUGCUAUUAAGGUUUUUGAGCUAAUUGAAGUGAAGGACAUAAUAGCCUGGUCAGCAAUGCUGGUGGGAUAUGCACAAACUGGAGAAACCGAAGAAGCUGCGAAAUUUUUCUGCCGAUUGACGAAGGAGGGGAUCGAACCAAAUGAAUUUACCCUCUCCAGCAUCAUUAAUGCAUGUGCUGCUCCUACAGCAGCAGUGGAACAAGGUAGACAAUUCCAUGCCUGUGCAAUUAAAAUGAGAUUAAAUAAUGCUUUAUGUGUGAGUAGUGCUCUUGUCACCAUGUAUGCAAAGAGAGGCAAUAUUGAUAGUGCAUAUGAUGUUUUCAAAAGGCAAGAUGAGAGGGACUUGGUUUCUUGGAACUCAAUGAUCUCUGGGUAUGCACAAAAUGGCCAGGCUAAGAAAGCAUUAGAUGUAUUUGAGGAGAUGCAAAAUCUGAACUUGGACAUUGAUGCUGUAACAUUCAUCGGUGUUAUUACUGCCUGCACUCAUGCUGGCCUAGUGGACCAAGGCCAAUAUUACUUCAAUGUCAUGAUCAAUGAUCAUCAGAUUAUGCCAACAAUGGAGCUCUACUCUUGCAUGAUUGAUCUAUAUAGUCGUGCAGGGAUGCUGGAAAAAGCCAUGGAUAUCCUAAAUGGGAUGUCAUUUCCCCCAGGUGCAACUGUGUGGCGCACUCUCUUGGCAGCUUCUCGAGUGCACCGCAAUAUAGAGCUUGGAAAACUUGCUGCUGAAAAACUUAUUUCACUUCAGCCACAAGACUCGGCUGCAUAUGUCCUCUUAUCCAAUAUGUAUGCUGCGUCAGGAAAUUGGCAAGAGAAAACCAAUGUGAGAAAACUAAUGGAUAAGAGAAAGGUGAAAAAGGAACCUGGGUAUAGCUGGAUAGAGGUUAAAAAUAAGACAUACAAAUUCUUAGCCGGUGAUUUUUCACAUCCUUUCUCAGACCAUAUUUACUCAAAACUUUCAGAGUUAAAUAACCGGUUGAAGGAUGCAGGUUAUCAACCUGAUACGAACUAUGUUUUUCAUGAUAUUGAAGAUGAACAAAAAGAAACUAUUCUGUCUCAUCAUAGUGAAAGGCUGGCCAUUGCCUUUGGGUUAAUAUCUACACAUCCUGGAAUUCCAAUCCACAUUGGGAAGAAUCUUCGAGUCUGUGGAGAUUGUCAUAACUUCAUAAAGUUAGUAUCACAGGUUGAACAGAGAUAUAUUGUUGUUAGAGAUACAAACCGGUUUCACCACUUUAAAGGUGGUGUGUGCUCAUGUGGAGACUACUGGUGAUGUUUGGGCUAUCAUAUGUUUGCUGAAUUUAAAAUUUACUCAGAGGAUCAAACAGAUCAUAUACAUUUAGAUACAGAUUACAUACAAUGUAGAUGAAUUGUGUGGUGUCAUUUUGGAAGCUGGAAACGGAGGAAAGUGGUUGGCUGGAAGGCCUUUUUGCUUCGCAAUGGAAUGGCAAGAUUGAAAAGGGAGUAGAUUUUACUUGACUGGAAUGAACUUGCUGAAAAUAUGGC